UUGGACAAUUAUGGCCAGCAAGAACUUGCAGAUCUCUUUGUCAACUACAAUGUGAAAUCACCUCUCACUGGGAAUGACUUGUCCCCUCCUGUGUCCUUCAAUCUGAUGUUCAAGACCUCCAUUGGGCCUGGGGGAAACAUGCCUGGCUACCUGAGGCCAGAAACUGCACAGGGAAUAUUCCUCAACUUCAAACGUCUUCUGGAGUUCAACCAAGGCAAACUGCCUUUUGCUGCUGCCCAGAUUGGGAACUCCUUCAGAAACGAGAUCUCGCCUCGCUCCGGCCUCAUCCGAGUGAGGGAGUUCACCAUGGCAGAGAUUGAGCACUUUGUGGACCCCAGUGAGAAGAACCACCCCAAGUUUCCCAGCGUGGCAGACCUGCACAUCCUGCUGUACUCCUCCAGGGCGCAGGUCAGCGGGCAGUCUGCCCACCUCAUGCGCCUGGGAGAUGCUGUCCAGCAGGGCGUGAUCAAUAACUCGGUUCUCGGUUACUUCAUUGGCAGAAUCUACCUCUUCCUUACCAAGGUCGGUGUGGCCCCGGAGAAGCUGCGCUUCCGACAGCACAUGGAGAAUGAGAUGGCUCAUUAUGCCUGUGACUGCUGGGAUGCAGAGUCCAAAACAUCCUAU